GGAUUAGACCAGUCCAAGGACAGAGCGUCUUAAGGCAGCAAAGCAGCUGAAUAGAGAUCUACCAGCUUCCAGCAUGAGACUGUGCAGCCACUGAGAGGAUAGAUCAUGAAUGAAGCAUCAGUUCUCCGCCUGCCUGUGGAGGAGGCAGUAAAUGAAGUAAUUCACAGCCUGGAUGAGAUAGCUCUGAAACACAGUGACAGCCGUCUCCCUUUCCAGAUUUUCCCAGAUCCCAGUGAAGAGGAAGAAGUUCCAGUAAAGAUGAGGGGAAGGUUACCAUCUAUUGUGGUGGAACCAACUGAUUUGAUUAAUUUAGAGAGUGGGGAGUUACGGUGGCCACCAGAUUCUCUCAGGAAGUCAAAAGAAGAAGCUGGACAGGAGGAAGAUUAUGAGAAUAACGAAGCAGGAGAACAAAUUGAUACAACCAUUCAAGAAGGAACUGAAACCCCAGAAUCUGAACCAAUGUAAUAAUUACAGAACGCAAGACAUUCUUCACAAAUCUAUUUCUAAAAUAGUUUUUUCAAUUUAUUUUAAAUUGCAUUUAGAUUACAAACAUGCCAUUCUCUAUAAUAUUAUCACUAUGCAGGGCCUCUGUUUAUUUUCAUUGUAUGCUUUGUUUCCCUAUUUGGACAGCUCUGCGAAAUGUGUAAAUUAUUUGUACCCUCAUUAGAGGUCAGUCCAUCAAAAUAAAAUGUACCUAUAAAACAUACAAAAUGUUAGUUUGAAUUAGUUUAAAGCAAUACACAUUUUUCUUCUGCCUUAAUGCAUUUCCUGCAGAGAAGCAAUAUCAGCAUUUUAUUGGUAAAGUGAACUUGUGAGGGCAGCCAGUCACAUUACUUAGAGACAUUAAUAAAUCAUACAUUUUCUGUCUGUACUUUCCUACUGAUUUUUCAAAAGCAAAUAAAAGACAUUA